UGGUUGGUGAGGUUGGCACCAGUGUGUUCAUUGGAAGCAGAAGAAAACAAGUUUCUGAUGCGUACUUUUGCUGCUUCUUUUUAAAAUUUCUCUGAAGAUCGCAAGAGAUUUACGAAGAUGAGACUCACUCUUGCUCUAUUGUUUGAGAAGUUACCGAACGGAAAUAUAUUUAGAGGCAAACAUAAGCUCAAUCCCAAGAUUCGAAACUGGAUGAAGCGUGAAACUCUCGCAGACAUUCAAAGGGAAGAAGCAAACAUGCAAAUCCUGAGGCAUCACUAUUUAACCAAGCAAGAAGUAAAAGGAUAUCGAUAUGAUAUGGGUUUAGAAAGAGAAUUUGUUAGAAGCAAAAUAGAAUUGAGGAGAAAGAAUUUUCCGGCCAACAUUUACCUUGAAGAUCGCAUGGGUCGGUUACGGAUCAAGGAUAGCUGGGAAAAAUAUUUUGAUUGAUGUAGUGAUUAGGUCCUUAUUAUGAUAGAACAUUCUGGUUCCUCUUUUGCUGUGAAUGAUCAACAGAAUUUUUUGUUUAUAUUGUGCUGUUUGUAAAUUAAAUCUUGACGUAUAUCUA